CCGACGGCUUUUCUUGCAAGCAAGCAAAAGGAACGUAACCAAUUCCAUGAAGUUGCCGACGCCCCACAAUCGGAGAAACUCUGGUUGCGUGCACAAUAAGAAUCCCAACACCAAUUCGUCGUCAACAAACGUGUAUUCCUUCAUCACUACGUAUACGCGCCUCAAAGAUCCAAUCUUUGAAGCAAGUUUCCUUUCCUGAGGCAAACAUAAUCGACGAUGGCGAAAGAGAAGCAGCCGCAGAAGAAGGAUACAGAGAAGCCGUCAAUUGACAGAAAGUUCAGGGCUAAGACGAACACGAAUCCUUACAGAGGGGUUCGAAUGAGGAAAUGGGGAAAAUGGGUGUGUGAAAUAAGAGAGCCGAAUAAGAGAACGCGCCUCUGGUUGGGAUCAUAUGCUACUCCUGAGGCCGCCGCCAAAGCUUAUGAUACAGCCGCCUUUUAUCUCAGGGGAAAGUCUGCUGCUCUUAAUUUUCCGCUUGAUGUGUUCGGAGGUCUCGAGUUCGAAUCCCCGCGGCCCGAAAUGAGUAGCCAGGAUAUUCAGAAGAAGGCCGCUAGAAUUGGCGCAGCCGUCGAUGCCAUUCUCGGUAGGAGUGGCGUGCCCGGAGGUCAAGGGUUCGAAUCCCAGCGGCAGCAAUCAGAGGGCGGGAAAUUUUGUGAAGAUUUUCUGCAAAGAAUGGUUUCGCCUGUUACAGAGACGAAGCCCGCCAUAUUUGUUGAGUAGUUUGUUGCAGGCUGUUUUGUUUGGUGGUAAUUUGGAAAAGUAGGUAUAUUUUGUAAUAUCAUAAUUUCAUUUAUUUGUUUCUGAAUUUGAUUGGGUUUAUUUGUAGGACAGAAUUCGGAUAUGAGUAUAUAUUAUGAAAAAUA